AUGAGCCGGGCGGGGCCGGGCACGCCCGGGGGCUUCCCGCCCGUCGCCCCGCAUCGCGACCACGCACGAAUCAAGCCGCGCCAGCGCUUUGAGCCGCCUCCGGCCACGCCAACAGCACGGAUCUUGGCAGCGCGGGCAGAGGCUCGAAGCGCCAUCGUUGCCAUGCCGCCGCUCGAGGCGCUGCGCCCGCCAACGCCUCCUGCUGCCGGCUAUCCGCGCGGCGUCAUGGGCUGGUUUGCGCUCUACGCCGUCGGCUACAUGGCGCUCGGUGUGGCGGGCCUCGCGCUCUCAGUCUACUGGGUCUACAGCACCGUGCCGCGCACGCCGGCGUCGUCGCCCGAUGCCGAGGACGAGGUCUGUUCCUCGCAGCUGCGGUCGUUCUUUGACGUUGCCACGGCAGUUUUCGCGAUCGCCAUCUUGCCCAUGCUCUACAGCGUCGUCGCUUGGUCAUCGGUCCUCCACGUUGGGCCUAGCUUGUCGGGUGGCUUUGCGGCGCCGGCCGGCAAGGUCGGGCUCGCCACCAUUGUUGUCGGUGCUGCUGCGGUCGGGCUCGCCGUUGCCGGCGUUGUCCACGGCUUUAACAAGGCCAGUGUGCGGCGCCGGCCAACGGCGCACUCAUCAUUGCUGCAGUCGCCCUGGGCAUCUUUACUCUCCCCAUCGUUUACUUUGGAGUCAUGCACUCGGUAGCGUCCCGAGCAGCGGCGCGGGCGCGGGCAGUGGCACGGUCGAAGGCUCAUGCGCUCGCCAUGGCCCGUUGGGCCACAUAGUUGAGCAGGUCGCGGCCGGAGGAAAGGGUUCCGAUGGACGCGCCGUAGCUGCAGGUCCAGCUGUAGAGGUCGGCAACUGUGGCCGAGUUAGC